UGACACAUGCGAAGUCUUGGCAACGGCGACGCGAACAUCGUUUCGUUAUUGGACUGAGGCUGUGUACCUUGGGACGAUCGUGAGUGAGAUUACGGAUUAGGCAGCAAAGAAGAAGCGUCGGUGAGAUUCAUACUCCGCACAUCUCGCAUUCUUGCAUGAUAUUAUAAUCCUGCAAUUUUCAUGUUUUAUACUACAUUUCUUAUGUCAAUACAUCCAGAGUAGGCACACCAGGCCUUGGUCGCUCUGACGACCAAAGCAUCGACAGCAUCGCAUUGACAGCAACCCUACGUCAUCUGGGUCGUGUUUUACAACGUUCACCCUGCGCGUCGGACAUCGGGCGUUGAGCUUCCCGUAUGCCCGUCUGUUCCGCUCGUCUGUUACAUCCAAGACACUAGAGACUCUUCUUGACAGGACGUUAAUCUCGAAUCGGCCCUGAAGCUCUGUCACGCUAUCGUUGAUGAUAAUUCAACAUGAUGAGCAAUCGUCACGAACAACAGCAACAACUACCUCCAAGCCCCCCUGUAACGCCGCCUACGACAAAACAAAAACCCAAGAAGCGAGUCAAUUCAUUUGAGAAAUUUGCCGCGACGCCCUUGCCCUCUUCCCCUUCAGGUUCAACAGAUGACGCGGAGGAUAAGCAAGAGCCUUUGUUCACAAGGGUCAUCCUUACGCCCGUCCUCGUUACCUCGUUCAUUCUGUCGCUGUUUCUGAUAAACACACGAAACCGAGCACUGCGCGUCGAAGCAAAUUCUUCGCCCUCAUCGCUCCUGUCGUAUCUUCUUCCGGCGACUUCCGAGCCGUACCAAGACCACAACGAUUCCAAAUGGAGCCAUAGGAGUUCUGCCGGGUAUCAUGAGCCCAGUAGUACCAUAGCGCCCAAAGACGGGAGGGAGAAGGGUAAGAAGAAAAAGAAGUCUUGGCACCUUCACAAGAAAAUCAGAAAGGUCGCGAAAUUGGAGGUUUCCGAUGCGUUGGAGAUGCGGGGAAGAGUCAUUGCAGUCAUGCUUGUGAUAUUGGUGCUCGGGUCUGUUGGGCUGUGGGUAAGCAUCAGGUGGGCGAUCGCGUCGCUUUCUGGAUGGACUAUGGCGCGAAGUGAGUUGUGAAGAAGCCAAGGAUUAUGAAUUGGGGAAACGGAUUAUGGAGUCGAGAAACGGAUCAUUAGAUUAUGAGGCACGACUAGCAUGAUCUUUGGGCGAAAAACAGGCAGUUAUGAACAAGCCGUGUACCUCUGGGUUAGGACAGACCCGGUUUGAGAGCUUAUGUGGAAAUUAGGGUACCACGUCAAAAAGUUUCGAUCGAUGUAGAUAUUUCCACACUACAAUCUGAAAGCAUGAAAAGGCUAAGGAGUAAUACGUUUCUCUUGUAUCGAACCUCGUGCUUCAAGCUUUAUGAUCUUUUGUGACGUCUUUUU